AUGAGCGAUCGAAAAGAUGUCAUUCAGAUUUCCUUGGGACCGACUGCCAACGCCAUUGCAGCUCAUUCCUUCAAUUUACAAGGACUCGCAGCUACCUCGUCUGACAAUUUAUGCGAUCCUCAUGUCACACACUAUGCCGAGCAACACAAAUGGGUACCACGGGCCCUCUUCAUUGACGAACCCACACGAUUUGCCAUUCCACCUUCCAUGAUGACGGCCGAAUCUUUGGCCGCUUCCUUUCAACAACAACAACAACAACAACAAGGAGGGGGUAUCCAUCAUUCGUGGACGGGACAAGUCGAGACAAUAGAUCAAGGAUUAUUGCAACACAAUCCUUUUCAAUUCCCGGAAGUCAUGAAUGCGGCUUCCAUAUUGGCCAAUUCCGCUCAUUCACGGUAUUAUGCACCCUCCACAGAAACUGUUUCUUCUUCUUCUUACAAGACGAGUGCAUCGAAUUCAAGACAUGUCAACUGGGAUGAUAAUGAAAACGAAGAAGAAGAAGAGGAGGAGGAAGAAGAAGACGAAUACGAACGAUCUUCUCGUCUAAUGCGACAACAGAAUCAAUGGAAACAAAAUACGGAAGCACCACUCCAAUCUCAGUUGGACAAGUGGGGCGAAUCCGCCAUAUUGCCGGCUACCACCACCACCACCACCACCACCACAACGAAUGAGACAGCGACAGUAUCAUCUGCACAAACUUCUGCUCAAACUUUUUCUCCCAACAUUCGAAACAGCAACUGGAUGGACAUUCUCAUGCCACCCUAUUCCCAAUCUUCCAAAGUCCCACUACCUUAUUCCCAACAAUCCCAUAUGCACCCCCAUUGGGAUUCGUAUCAUUCUACCACAGAUACCAUCCAAUCCUGGAAGGAAAAUGACUUGGUCGAACGAAUUCGGCACAUGCUGGAAGCCUCGGAUACCGUCCAGGGAGUUUGUUUCACGACGGAAGGAUGUGGAUUGUAUGCCGGACUGACCACACAUCUGUUGCAAGAAUUCCAAGACGAAUGCAAAAGUGCGGCACGACUUGUCGUUCACGUGGUCAAUCCCCAAGAUGGUGGUGACACUAAUGCUACAACUAGUGAUGGAAAGGAUGGAAACGAACAACAACAACAAGUUGCGACGGCACAAGAAGAAUCCUGGCAACCCUUUCAUGUCAAUCGAUUGCGUCAUAAUUUGUCCCAUGGUCUUGCCAUGAGUGACUUUGACGAACAUGCUCAUGCCACACUUCCCUUGCGAUUGGAUGGUGGUAGCAGCAACAAUAGCAAUAAGAAAUCAUUGUUUGAACAAACAGCCCAAUUGGCCAUGGCCUUGGAAUCUGCCACCCUUCCCUUUCGCAUGAAUCCUUCGUCGUCAUCUGCUUCUGCUGCUUCUGCGGAAUCGGAACGUUACACCAUUGGGUUGCAAAAUGCACCCUUUUUUGGACAAGGAGGUGGCGAUUCACGUUGGGGAACCACAGCCAAGAGCCUAUCCAUGUGGGAAUAUCUUGCCUGUCUGCAACCCCAACGGAAUUGUUCCAUUCUGGAAAUGGAUGUAUUGGGAACUACUACUACUAGUACUAUGAACAAGAAUGGUGGUGGUGGUGGUGGUAGCAAGUCAUCCUCACGAGGAUCAAAGUCAUUCAAUAGCUCCGAGUUGUGGGAACGAUUCCAAGUCGGAACCAGUGUGGAACGGGAUCAUCGAAUGCGAACGAGUGGACGAGAUGCCCAGCGAAAUCGACCACAAGACGUGGCUCCCGGCAGUUGGCUCAAGGACGUCAAGGAUGGAGGUGUGUUGACAAGCGUGUCAUUAGAGAAUCCCACCAAACGUUCCCUCCAUACCCACUUUAGUCUCAAUACCAUGGUCCGACCCAUUCUACCCACCACCAGCGAUGCCAGCAACAACCAUCAAUAUCCCUACAGCAGCCCCCUGUCGCAAUAUUUAACGUGCAUUGUGGAAGGCAUGGGGAUUUCCUAUCGGCCGGAACGAUCCAUGAGUCUCAUUUUGGAUCAAACCGUGCAUCGAUUGACCCGUGGCGGAUACGGUGCAGGAUCCUAUUGGAAAUCCUUGGUCCAUCCCGAAACCCCCGUCGUGGCCGUGCUGGGGAAUACCACACGCGUCUAUCCCUAUCUAAACCAAGUGUCCACCGAUAUGAAGACGGUGCUGGGACAUCGAUAUCGAGGCUUGUACAAUCGAGAUUUGAUGAAUGGGGUAUUGCCCGAGUCGGAGGAUUCUUCCAUGGCGUUGGAACAAUGUUACAACCUUGCGGAUACCUAUCGACCUCCAUCUGGGAGUGGACUCGUGGACGAUGAUGCUGAUAUUGAUUGGUAA